AUGGGUACAGCUGAAUCCCAACCUCUAGCACCAACCCAACUGGAUACAGUUCAGAUUCCCGGGCUGUUUCCACCACUACUACCAGGUCCAUACAAUCCAGAAAUCGGGAAGUGUUGGUCAACUCUUGUUGAUAUCCAAGGUUGCCAAGCUGAGAUCUUGAAUUUCCUAUUUACAUUUCAGCUUCGUCUAGGUCCUGCAUGUUGCAAAGCUAUCAUUGACCUCAGUGAAACUUGCUUGCCAGCUGUUUUCUCAUCGGAUUGGGGGUGGGGAAGAGGAAUACUGUUCAACCCUGUUUACCCAAAUGUAGUCAAGGGAUAUUGUGCGUCCAUAACUGGAGGGAAAACAUCACCACUUGCUCGCUCAACAAAAUUGCACCUUAACUAG